GAUUUUGGAACUUCGUGAUAAUUAUUGAAAAAUAGAAUUGUAACACAUAAAAAAUAGUUCUUACAUAAAAAACGGUUGAAUUGACAAAACAAUAUACACAAAGUAUCCACUAAUACACAAAGUGAGAUUUUAAAGAAAGAAAAAUAAUUAACAGGCAUAAAUUUUCAAAUUAAAAUGGUUAUUGGAAACGAAGAAAAUUCACCAUCGCCUGCUUCACCACCAAUUGAUCAGGAAGAUUCACCACCAUUACCACCUCCGCCAAGUGAGGCACUAGGUGAAUUGCUGGAACAAAUGGAGGAUUAUAUACCGACAGUACCAGAUGGUCUCACGGCAAGUUUUCUUAAUCAAGCUGGUUUCGAGACUAUGGACCCUCGUAUUGUACGCAUAAUUUCGGUUUCUGCUCAAAAAUUUAUAUCUGAUAUUGCCAACGACGCAUUGCAGCAUUGCAAGACCCGCACAAGCAGCCAACAUUCUGGCGGUCACGGCUCAAAUAAGGACAAAAAACCGAAUAAAGAUCGUCGCUAUACUUUGGCUAUUGAAGAUUUGACACCAGCCUUAGCUGAUCAUGGCAUAACUAUGCGAAAACCGCAAUACUUUGUUUAAAUAACUAUUAUCAACGAUAAUUUAAUUAAUAAAUUUCAUCAUAUUUCUAUAAAUACGAUUGGAAACAUA